AUGCCGACGUCGGGCGCGGUCGACUUGGUCGCCAAGAAGCUCGGCAUUUCGCUCUUUGAAGUGCCGACGGGCUGGAAGUUUUUCGGCAACCUCAUGGACUCGAAGGAGGUGUACGGCAAGGAAGACUACACGCCGUUCAUCUGCGGCGAGGAGAGCUUUGGCACGGGCUCCAACCACAUUCGCGAGAAGGACGGCAUGUGGGCCGUGCUUGCGUGGCUCUCGAUCCUCGCGGCCAAGAACACGCCCGGCGCGCCGCUCGUGUCGGUCGAGGACAUUGUCGUCAACCACUGGAAGACGUAUGGCCGCAACUAUUACUGCCGCUACGACUAUGAAGGCGUCGACAAGGCGCAGGCCGAGAAGAUGAUGGCGGCCAUGGUCGCGACCAACAAGGCCGGCGAGAGCCUCAACGGCUUCACGCUUGCGACCAACGACGAGUUUACGUACCACGACCCUGUCGACGGCAGCAUCUCGCGCAACCAGGGCAUCCGCUUUAUCUUUACGGAUGGCUCGCGCGUCAUCUUCCGCCUCUCGGGCACGGGUGUCGCGGGCGCGACGGUCCGCAUGUACAUUGAAAAGUACGAGCCGGCCUCGGGCAACCUCGCGCAGUCGGCGGCCGACGCGCUCCGUCCGCUCAUCGACGCGGGCUUGACCCUCUCGGCCCUCGAAGCCUACACGGGCCGCAAGGAGCCCACCGUGAUCACUUAA